AUGGCCGCGGCGGGCAUAGCCGCCUGGCGGACAGUGUUCUUUUUGGCGGACGGCGAGGUCGACGGGCGCGACGAGCGGGACCUGUGCUCGUGCUGCGGCAACGCGGGCUUCGUAGUGUGCGACGUGUGCGCGGGCGAGGGCUUCGUGUCGUUCGAGGGCAAGAUGGCGCACGACGGCAUGAAGUGCCCGAAGUGCCUCGGCAAGGAGUACGUGCGGUGCCCCUCGUGCCACGGCCACAAGGCGCGCGGGCAGGCCAAGGUCGUCGCCGCGCAAAUGCUGAGCAGCCAGCCCGGCGCGCAGCCGUUCGACCCGCAGGAGGUCGAGGAGCAGCUGCUCAAGGGCGCGAGCCCCUCCAUCGUCGAGUCCAUCACUGACUAG